AUGGGAUAUAUAAAGUCGCAGUUUGCAAAUCCCUCGGAAACACUCUGAUAUGCGCCACUUUCUCACCUUCUCUCUCUCAUAUACCAGUUGCCAACCGCCUCUAUACCCUUGAGUUUCACCCCUUUAAGCAAACCCCGUGUAAACCAGCUCAGCGGACUUCGCCUCAGAUCACUUUAACGCUCAUAUUCCCUCAACCUCCGUAUUUGCUUAUCCCGCUGUAUCUGGGAUUCUUUUUAUGAUUUAGAGAAUGGGAAGUAUGGAUGAUCAGGUGAUCCAUGAGAAAUCACAGGGCACAAUUGGUGUUUAUUUGCAGUCAUUCGAACCUUGUAUUCAGGCAAAUGGAGAUACGACCUUUCACUCAGAAGAUACUGGCUCACCCGCAGCAGUAACUGGUGAUGAAGGCACUAUUAAGGGAUCCAUUCUGUGCCCUAUUACACCCACUUUUAGUCGAGAAAAUGGGGAUAUCAUGCAUGUGGCUAACACCCCUAUUACACCCACUUUGGGUGGCUUCGAGUCCGCAAAAAAAGUGGAUGUUGUACCUUCGGUUCUUGAAGAUAGCCCUAGCACACCCGUUGAGGGUGUUUUUGAUCCAUUUGCCCCUGGUCCUAAUGAGCUUCAACUUGCCCCAAUUCGUACAAAGCUUAUAAUAAAGCCUCAAAGAAUCAUUGCCAGACGGCUCAAUUUUGAUGAUAUUGACGAUUUCUCUUCAUUUAGCAGAGAUGAAAAAGGUGCAGAUGCCCUGUCUGAGAAGGCGUUGCUGGACUCCAUCUAUGAAACUCUUUUGGAAGCCAUUACAUCGAAACUUUCAGAGGAGUUUUUUGCAGAAAACGGAGCUGUAGAAAUGGAAGAAGUUCAUACACCAACUUCACCAGUCCCUUUGACGGGAGUUGCUGAGACAUGCCCAGGAGCUCCCAUGAAGGCUGCAGCUGGCAAGUCGAGGAUAAUUGACCAAGGAUUAUGCAGGAAGCUUGAAUUUUGAUCACUGCCACCUCUAGUUGGUGAAUAAUUAUACCGACCCUUUUGUUGACGCCCCACAGACAUGUAUGAUCUACCGACAUUGGUGACCCCAAGGCUUUCUUCUACUCCUUAGCUGUUGUAUGUGCAUUUUAGAUCCCUUACAUUAACACCUCUUAGUUAACAGUUAGAAGUUAUAUUAGCAUUGAGAGAGAUGUAGUUUAUGCCCUUCAGCCCAUGUAUAGCUGUUUUAGAAGUUAGACAUUCAAAUGAAACAAGGCUUUCAAUUUGCUUGAAAGGUUUUUUCUUUACUUUAUUAAGGAAGCCUUUAAAAAUCUUUGAAAUUUGGACUUGCAUGAUUCAGUGACAUGUAUUGUCAAAGUGCGUUACACAACAUUGCGGAACAAGAAACGUAUGCCUUUUUAAUGGUGUUAUAUUAUUUACAUAAUUCGAUGAAUGUUAAUGACUGUUUUGUCUAAAAUAAAAUUGAUCACAAAUGAACAUAUUGAAGAUUGUGUUCCAAUUCAACAUCAUCAUGCAUUAUUCAGGAUUA